CUUUUCAUUUUUCGCCAUUAUCAUCGAUUUCUUCUGCUUCUCUCUCUCUCUCUAUCUCCUUCAAGAUGAUGUUCUCCACUCAGUUCGAUUCCAUGUCUCAAUCGUCUCAGUUCCCUGACUAUUCAUCUUCUCCGGCCAAGACUCGUGAAACUUAUGGACUUGUUCCAGUUACGCUGAAGCAGAUCAGUGAAGCUUCUCAAUCUGGAGAUGAUAAAUCAAAUUUUCUUGUCGAUGGUGCUGAAAUAAGCAAUAUUACUGUGAUUGGAAUGCUGUCCAGUAAGACUCAAAGGGUUACUGAUGUAUCUUUUGCACUUGAUGAUGGGACUGCACGGAUUCACUGCAAUAGAUGGGUGAAUGAAAACUUUGAUACCAAGGAAAUGGAAGAUGUUGAGGAUGAUAUGUAUGUUCGAGUCAAUGGUCGCCUAAAAAACAUCCAAGGAAGAAAGCAAUUAGUUGCAUAUUCUGUUAGGCCUGUGACAAAUUUCGAUGAAGUUACUUUCCACUUCAUUGAAUGUAUACAUUACCACAUGCGUAGUUCAAAACUUCAGUUUCCAGGUAAUGGAACAAGUCAAACACCCUUGAAGGAGAGUUCUGCACAGGAAGGAGUCGUUGGAAGUCAAUCUGUCCAAACAAAUUAUGUUUCGGGUCAAUUUAACGUUGAUGGACUGAAGGCGUUUGAUCAAAUGGUGCUUGAAUAUCUCCAGCAGCCUGCAAACUUUGAAAGGGAAAGAGGUGUGCAUACAGAUGAACUGUUGCAGAAACUUAAAAUUCCAAUGGAGAAGAUAAUGGAAUCAAUCAGGACCCUUGAAGAGGAAGGGUUGAUAUACUCCACCAUUGAUGAGUUCCAUUUCAAAUCCACUAGCAACUGAUGGAACAAAUGAUGGAGAUAAUAUAUUUUUCCCAGGUUCUUGUUCUAGACUUUAUUAAUGUAGAUAUUUAUGUCUUUCUUGUUGUUUUAAGAAUCUUAUUAUUUUUUUUUGGCUUUAGAAGAAAACAAAUUUGUAGUUUGAACCCUAUUCUCAAGUGAUUAAUUUUGGUUAA